AUAUGAGUAGCUUGGUAGAGAGGCUUCGUGUUAGAUCGGAGCGAAAACCAGUUUAUAAUUUAGAUGAAUCAGAUGAUGAUGAACUUAUAUCAGGAAAACCUGGGAAAUCUCAGGAACCAAUUGAAAAAAUAGUCAGGCCUGAUGCGAAAGAUGACUGCUGUCAAUCUUGUGGAGAAAGUGGGGAUCUUCUGAGCUGUGAAACUUGUAAUUAUGCUUACCAUCCCAAGUGUCUGCUUCCACCAUUAAAGGCUACUCCUCCUAGCAACUGGAGAUGCCCUGAAUGUGUUAGUCCUCUAAAUGAUAUUGAUAAGAUAUUGGACUGUGAAAUGCGACCCACUGUAGCUGGUGAUAAUGAUGUCUCUAAGUUAGGCUCAAAGCAAAUUUUUGUGAAACAGUAUCUUGUGAAGUGGAAGGGUUUAUCUUAUCUGCACUGCACUUGGGUCCCUGAGAAAGAGUUCCUAAAAGCAUUCAAGUCAAAUCCUCGUCUCAGGACUAAAGUCAACAAUUUCCACCGCCAAAUGGCAUCAAACAAUAGCUCUGAAGAUGACUUUGUUGCUAUAAGGCCUGAAUGGACUACUGUUGACCGGAUUCUUGCUUGCAGGGGAGAGGAUGAUGAGAAGGAAUAUCUUGUGAAAUAUAAAGAACUUCCUUACGAUGAAUGUUAUUGGGAAUUUGAAUCAGAUAUAUCAGCAUUUCAGCCUGAAAUUGAAAGAUUUAAUAGAAUUCAGUCUAGAUCUCGCAAACUGGGCAAGCAGAAGAACAACCUUCGAGAUGCUACUGAUUCCAAGAAGAAAGCAAAAGAAUUUCAACAGUAUGAACAUAGUCCUGAAUUUCUAACUGGAGGCUCCUUGCAUCCGUAUCAACUAGAAGGCCUGAACUUCCUACGUUUUUCAUGGUCCAAACAAACGCAUGUAAUACUUGCUGAUGAGAUGGGCCUUGGAAAAACUAUUCAAAGUAUUGCAUUUUUAGCAUCUCUUUUUGAAGAAAACAUCUCACCAUUUUUGGUAGUAGCUCCACUUUCAACCUUGCGAAACUGGGAACGUGAAUUUGCAACAUGGGCACCUCAAAUGAAUGUUGUUAUGUAUGUUGGCUCUGCACAAGCACGUGGCAUUAUAAGGGAGUACGAAUUUUAUCAUCCCAAGAAUCACAAGAAGAUCAAGAAAAAGAAAUCUGGUCUAAUAGUUGGUGAAAGCAAACAGGAUAGGAUAAAAUUUGAUGUGCUCUUAACUUCUUAUGAGAUGAUUAACUUGGAUACAGCAUCAUUGAAACCAAUAAAGUGGGAGUGCAUGAUUGUCGAUGAAGGUCAUCGUCUCAAGAAUAAGGACUCAAAAUUGUUUCUUUCAUUGAAGCAGUAUUCUAGUAAUCAUCGUGUACUUUUGACUGGAACUCCUCUUCAGAACAAUCUGGAUGAACUUUUCAUGCUCAUGCACUUCCUUGAUGCUGGAAAGUUUGCUAGUUUGGAGGAGUUCCAGGAAGAGUUCAAGGAUAUAAAUCAAGAAGAGCAAAUUUCGAGACUUCAUAAAAUGUUGGCUCCCCAUCUCCUAAGAAGGGUUAAGAAGGAUGUUAUGACAGAGCUGCCUCCAAAAAAGGAGCUUAUUCUACGUGUUGAAUUGAGUAGCAAGCAAAAAGAAUAUUACAAAGCCAUUUUGACCCGAAACUAUCAAAUAUUAACUCGCCGUGGUGGUGCACAGAUUUCUCUUAUCAAUGUGGUUAUGGAAUUGCGCAAGCUUUGCUGUCAUCCUUAUAUGUUAGAAGGAGUUGAACCAGAUAUAGAAGACAGCAAUGAAUCUUACAAACAGCUUGUGGAAUCUUCUGGGAAGCUCCAACUGUUAGACAAAAUGAUGGUGAAGCUUAAAGAGCAGGGGCAUAGAGUUCUCAUUUAUUCACAAUUUCAGCAUAUGCUAGACUUGCUGGAAGAUUACUGCACUUAUAAGAGAUGGCAAUAUGAACGAAUAGAUGGAAAGGUUGGGGGUGCAGAGAGACAAGUUCGAAUAGAUCGAUUUAAUUCCAAAAAUUCAUCAAGAUUUUGUUUUCUGCUUUCUACUAGAGCAGGGGGAUUGGGAAUAAACCUUGCAACUGCUGAUACAGUUAUAAUAUAUGACAGUGAUUGGAACCCUCAUGCUGAUCUUCAAGCAAUGGCUAGGGCUCAUCGACUUGGCCAAACCAACAAGGUAAUGAUUUAUAGGCUCGUCACUCGAGGAACUAUUGAGGAGCGGAUGAUGCAAAUGACUAAGAAGAAAAUGGUUUUAGAACAUCUUGUUGUUGGCAGGUUGAAGGCACAAAAUAUUAACCAGGAAGAGUUAGAUGACAUCAUCAGAUAUGGUUCAAAGGAGCUAUUUGCUGAUGAGAAUGAUGAAGCAGGAAAAUCACGCCAAAUUCAUUACGAUGACACUGCUAUAGACCGAUUACUUGACCGUGAACAAGUUGGAGAUGAAGAGGCUUCAUUGGAUGAUGAAGAGGAAGAUGGAUUUUUGAAGGCCUUUAAGGUUGCAAAUUUUGAGUACAUUGACGAAGCAGAGGCUGCAGCAGAGGCAGAAGCUCAAAAAGCGGCAGCGGAAGCAAAAGCCGCAAUGAAUAAUUCUGAUAGAACAAAUUACUGGGAAGAGUUGUUAAAAGAUAGUUAUGAAGUGCAUAAGGUUGAGGAGUUUAAUGCAUUGGGCAAGGGGAAAAGAAGCCGUAAACAGAUGGUGUCGGUUGAGGAAGAUGAUCUUGCUGGUUUGGAAGAUGUAAGCUCUGAAGGCGAGGAUGACAACUAUGAAGCUGAGUUGACUGAUAGUGAAACAGCUUCUUCCGGAACUCAGCCUGGGAGAAAGCCAUACAGAAGGAGAUCUCGUGUGGAUAAUAUGGAACCAAUUCCUUUGAUGGAAGGUGAGGGAAGAGCAUUCAGGGUAUUGGGAUUCAAUCAAAAUCAGAGGGCUGCAUUUGUACAAAUUUUGAUGAGGUUUGGGGUAGGGGAAUAUGACUGGAAGGAGUUUGCACCCCGCAUGAAACAGAAGACAUAUGAAGAAAUAAGAGAUUAUGGGGUUCUUUUCUUGUCUCACAUAGUCGAAGACAUUACUGACUCACCAAAUUUUGCAGAUGGUGUUCCUAAAGAAGGGCUCAGAAUACAAGAUGUGCUUGUUAGGAUUGCUGUCCUGCUUCUGAUCAGGGAUAAGGUAAAGUUUGCAUCAGAGAAGCCAGGCACUUCCCUUUUCACAGAUGACAUCGUAUUGCGGUAUCCGGGACUGAAGAGUGGAAAAUUUUGGAAAGAAGAACACGAUUUGCUGUUACUUCGUGCGGUAUUGAAGCAUGGAUAUGGAAGAUGGCAAGCUAUUGUUGAUGACAAAGACUUGAGGAUUCAGGAGCUCAUUUGCCAAGAGUUGAAUCUUCCUUUUAUAAAUCUACCUGUCCCAGGACAAGCUGGUUCUCAAGCCCAAAAUGGUGUCAACACAGUUACCACAGAAGCUCCUAGCACGCAGGUGCAAGGAAAUGGUGGGGGCAAUGUUUUAGCCGCUGAUGUUGCACAGGGGACUAAUGAUGUUCCUAACCAACAACAGUUAUAUCAAGAUUCUUCUAUAUUAUAUCAUUUUAGAGAUAUGCAGAGACGGCAGGUUGAAUUCAUUAAGAAGAGAGUGCUUCUUUUGGAGAAAGGGCUAAAUGCGGAGUACCAGAAAGAAUACUUUGCGGAUGACUCGAACGCAAAUGAGAUUACAAAUGAAGAGCCUGAAAUUGACAUAAAAGCUGCUGAUGGCUCGGGUUUAACUUCUGUAGAGAUCAAUGCACAAUUGAUUGAUCAGUUGCCUCAAAUUGAACCAAUUACAUCAGAAGAAAUUUCAGUGGCUGCUUGUGAUAAUAAUCCAGAUAGAUUGGAAUUGCCAAAGCUUUAUAACAAGAUGUGCAAUGUGUUGGAGCAAAAUGUCAAUGAAUUAAUUCAGACAUCCCUAACCAAUGAACCAGCGAGUCUCAAGUUGAGGCAGGACCUUCUUCCUUUGGAGACCAUUUGUCAGGAGAUAAAUCAAAUUAUGUCUGCUGAGCAACAGAAGGCGCCUGCUUCUGAAGAGCAUGUACUGGAUUCAAAUCAAACACCACAGGACAAUCUACUACCAGAAUCACGUUCACCUUCCGUUGAGCAGAAUAAUGACAAGCCCUCUGAUUUGGACGAUACUGAGAUGACAGAUGUAAUGACAGAGUCGAAAUUGGAAAAAGAAGGCAGCGUGUUGAUAGACCAGGAGCUGAUUAAAGAGCAGAAGAAAUCUCCAUCUGAUAUUCCAGCUUCUGCAGAUGCAUCCCUGUCUCCAACGGAAUCUACAGGAAUGCGCAAUGCUGACGUUGAUAUGGAAGAUGUUAAAAAUGAUGCUGUCGGUUCACCAGAGUUGGGAGAAACGGAUAUUGAUACUGACACCAAAACUGAAGCCAUACCAAUUGGAAAUAAGGAUGAAAAUGAGGUAGCAGAUAAAUCGAACUCAGGGGUCAUUGUUUUAGAUGAUUGAUACAUGCAAGAUAACAAUCUCAUUAUAUGUUUUAUGAUUCCUUUUCUGUGACAUUUUUAAAGGGUUUAGCAAAAAAAGGACUUAUAUCAAUUUCCAUAUUUGCAAA